AAAAUCUGAGAACACAGAUGACUCUUUGCAAAUCAAGGGAGAACAAUCAUUUCAGACUUUUGGAGAUGGAAAAACCUUUUAGCUGUGAUGACUUGGUCCUCAGAAGCAGGACAAAUGCAGUCAGACUAACAUGUUCUGUUUUACCGAGUCAACAGGAUGAGCAUGUGUUACAAUGUCAUAAUAAUGAAAAUGGGAGAGAGGAAAACUCAAGGAAAAUAAUAAAAGCAAAUGUGCCCAUAUCAAUGGACACUCAAUCUGAAAUCUUGGAAAGAAGAGGAAAACCAACACUAAUUAGGUCCAAAACAUUUGAUGCCUCAUUACAGUCACAUGUCCAAAGUGACACUGAGUCAAAGACUGAAAGGAAAAAGCAUCAGUGCUGCCAUAUCAAAUAUUUCCAUCUGAUGUUUCAGUUUCCUCGGAUAAAUAACCAAUACCACAAAAUUUUCAAAGACAUUAGUGAGAAUGAGCUGCUGAAACAAAGUUACACAUGUGCGUUGCAGAAAGAUAUUCUUUACCAAGGGAGACUUUUUGUGUCUGAUAACUGGAUCUGUUUCCACUCCAAAGUCUUUGGUAAAGACACCAAGAUUGCCAUUCCAGUUAUAUCUGUAUCAGUAAUAAAGAAAACUAAAACUGCCAUCUUAGUACCAAAUGCAUUGAUUAUUGCUACAGCACAAGAAAGGUAUGUUUUCGUGUCGUUCCUGUCCCGGGACACUACAUAUAAGAUUUUGAUGUCAGUGUGCUCCCAUUUGGAUGACAAGUGUCUGGGAAACAGUCCUAUUCAUUCCUCUGCAGAUGGCAAUUACACAGCACCUUCCACACUUCCCAUGAAUUUCUCAGCAGAUCUGUCAGAUUUGGAUGGUCCAGUGGUUCAAAUGAGACAAGAAAUGGGAUAUAGCAGUAGCUCAGACUCUCCACAUUCACCAGAGUUUGAGAAAAUGCCAGAGCACAAAUGGAAUGGUUAUGACAGUAAAAUAUGGAGACCUAGCUUGCUUAAUGUUCUUCUGAAGGUGUACCUAUUUAUAAUCUGCAUUUUAAUUUUGUCUUCGUGUUACAUGGCUUUCAAGAUUAUGUCUUUGGAAAAGAAAUUGCAUUCUCUAGCCUCUAUGGCUGAAUUUACUCAUAAUGGAGAUGAUUACAACAGCAUAAACUCUGAGGAUAUUUCUACGAUCUACUCUGCUGUGUCCAUUAACCUUGUGAAGCUGGAAAAGAUUCAGAGAGGCCUACAGAGACUAUUGGAUAAAACCCAGUGAUAGAGCAUUCCUCAGACCUCAGUCACCACAAGGUGCUGAGAUCUUUAUAGGGUGUACCAUUUACUGUUAUUGCAAGUCUUUGGACAAGAUAGGACUAUAGAGCAUGGGAAGUGUUUCCUGGACAUAAUAAAAGCACAAAAAUAAAGGUACUUUAUACUGCUAACAAGCCCAGGAUGUUACUCUCGGAAUACCACCCAAGUGGUAAUUUUGUUUGUUUGUUUUCCUUUUGUAAUGUUAUUCUGUCUCUUAAAAGCAUGGCAGAAGGGUGAUAAAAUUGUGUACUUCCACAAAAGUAGUUUGUAAGAUUUUAGUUGAAACCAGGACAAUAUUGUUUUGUCCUUGCAUCUAGACCAAAGUGGGUUUGAAAAUACCACUGCACCAUCAAAUGAUCUCACAUCUGCUGAACUGCUCCAACCAUGUCAGUGUAGGCUCAGUUCUGAUCAUGACAAUGGGAACUGGGUGGAGAAAAAAGCAUUCUGGAGCUAUACCACUAACAUAUGCUUGGGCUUGCUAGUAACUUGUUAAGGUAAACUGGUAGCUAUAUGAAAAACUGUAGAUGCCUCAUUGAAAUACAUUAGUGCAUAUAUUAGGGCCAGAUUCAUUUAUAAUGCAUUGUAAACCUAUGGAGUAAUGCUAAUCCUUUACAGACCACAUUUCAACAACUGCAUAAUCCUGUAGGUUCAUGUAUAACAUCAAGAAAAUCAGACACUAUCUCACCAAACAGACUACACAGCUACUAGUCCAGGCUUUUGUCAUCUUAUAACUGGACUGAUGCAACACACUAUUCUCAGGCCUCCCAGCCAGCUCCAUCAAACCCUUCAGAUGAUUCAGAAAGCAGCAGCAUGCCUCGUCUUCAACCAGACCAAAAGAACUCAUAUAACACCCCUCUUCAUCUACCUCCACUGGCUUCCAGUAGCCUCCCGUAUCAAAUUCAAGGCCUUGGUGCUCAUGUACAAGACCUUGUCUGGAACAGCUCCCCCCUACCUCAAUACUCUCCUUGAGGCUUACGUUCCCUCAUGCAAUCUGCGAUUGACCGACGCUUAGUAGUCUCUACUCAACCUGGCUCAAGGUCCUUUUCUAGAACCUUCAAACUAACCGUCCCUCAGUGGUGGAAUGAACUUCCAACCUCAAUUCAGACUGCAGAAUCUGUCACUAUUUUCAAAAAACAGCUAAAGAACCACCUCUUCCAUGAGCACUUAAUUAACCCCUAAAAUGCCAACCCCCACAUUAUUUAAAAAAAAAAAAAAAAAAAAAAACAAACUUACUCUGACUCUUACACAUUGACUCUGCACACUUUGCUUCUUUAUAACUCAAUUAUAAAUUUUGCUUGGUAGCACUACUUGUAUUGUUCUCCGCUUGAUAUAUCACUUUUCUUGUAUUUCCUCAUUUGAAUAAAAGUGUCUUCUAAAUGAAUAUGUACCUUAAAUGUAAAUGUAAAUGUAAUCUACCCUGAUAAAAUUGCAUGUAACUUGUUUUUCUGUUCAACCAAUUUUCACAAAAUUUGCUUUGUUAAAGAUGUCAUAUAUUUUUGUACUAUAUCACACAUUAUGUAAAUGUAAAUAUACCUGCUGUGUCAAUAUUCUGAUUGCAUCACGCCUACAUAGGUGUCACACUACAUCUUCCAGAACACAACAAAUGGCUGCAACGAACUACAACUCCCAACACACACAGACUCUGCCACAUUCACUGUCACCGUCCUUCUAAUCACACACACCUGAACCACACCAUAAAUACACACACAACCCCUCAGUUCAUUGUGAGGUAUACACUCUGUGUCUUUGUUACUAGUCAUUGCAAAGCCUUUGGAUAUUGAUAUUCUGGGUUUUGAUCCUGUAUUGGGAUUUUCUGUUUUUUUUUUUUGCCUUGCCUUGCCUUGUUCAUGCUGUUUCCUAUUCACCUUAUCAUUGCCUGUUUCCUGUUCUUUUUUUUGCCUCAUGAUUUGGAGCUGUUUGGGAGCUUUCUAAAAAAAACUGUUUAUACCUGC